UCAGUGUUAUUCUUGCUUCAAAAUCAUAUUUUAGAACCAGUUUUAAAUUGAAUGCAGACGAAGUCAACAACAAAGUUAAAUUAAAUAUUCGAUCUUACAAAAAAUCAUGUUGAAUUUAAUAGCUUAAUUCACAACUUGAAUUAUUGAUGGCAACAUCAGGACAAAAAAGGCUGGGGUCAGGAGGUUUGCCAUCCAGAACACCACUUUUUAGUGCAAACAAAGCAGCAAGUUCAAAAUCAGAAAGCUCUGCCAGCACAAGAGUGUAUAAACCAUCAGAUAAAUUAAACCCUAAAACAGUAGACCCUUUUAGUUCAUCAUUAAAGGGUCAAUCGGCAUUUGCAGCUGUCUAUACAAAGGGAGGGGUACCAUGCAGGUUACAACAUGGAUCUGUGAAACACAAAUUAGGAUGGGAUACUCCUCCAGAACAGCUUCCUUUUGAUCCUGUGUUAGUAACUCUAUCUGAGGGUCUACAAGAAAGCAUACAUCCAUACUCAUUUGUUGCAAGGACAGGUUUUAAAGAAAUGUUAGAAUCCAAUGGUGCCAUUGAGAAAGUAUUACCACUUCUGCCAAAAGUCUGCUAUGGUCUUAGAGCUGCCCUAGGCAACAAAAACAGUGAUGUAUUUGCAGCAGGACUAGAUGCCACAAUACAAUUAAGUAAUCUGACAGGACCUCACUUAAACCCACAUCUCAAAAAUCUUCUUGUUCCUGUUUCCAAAAGAAUGAUGGAUAAAAAGUUUAGAGAUAAAAUUACAACAGCAUUACAGACUUUUGAACAAAAUGGGGGAAAGGAAGCCUUACCAGUGAUCAAAUCAAAGGUGCCAACAUACACAACCAUAUUCAUGUGAGCAAAUUAAUGCUUGUGAGUGUACAAAGAUUUACAGGGAAGAAAACACUUGUUUUUAUAUAUGUGUACAUGUAUAUAUAUGUGUACAUGUAUAUCAGAUGAAUUAAGAAGUAAGGUUGUGGUUUAUAUUACACAAGCUCUCUGUGAUGAUUAAUGAUGAUAAAAUGUAAUAACUUUAAAGUUAAUGUCUGUGUUAACAAGGCUGCUCUUACAUUUUGUCUUAGUCCAUUUGCCAUAAUCUGUACCAAAAUGUUUGUUAUUAGUUAUUAGGGAGCUAUAAGUUCUGUUUAAAGGCCUUACAUAAUAUUCAACUAUAGUUUUACUCAUUGUUAGAUAGUUUCAAUUAGCUUACUUUAAUAACAGGUUCUUUCUCAAAUCCUUGUUAAAGAAUCAUUUAGAUGAAAUCAAGGAGGGGUCUGUAUUUGGCUUGUAUCAAGGCAAAUUUCUGGCCCUAUUUUAAGUACCAUCAAUUUUGCAGUGGCAGAUUUUAAGUUUUCAUUAUCGAUUUUAAAUGUUAGCAUGAGUGGCCUAAUUAUGCCUUCUCCUCUUCUAGUAGUAACCAAUCAAGAAAGACAAAAGAUAGGCCAUUCAAUAGGUUUUAUUCAAAGAGGUAUCAAAAGUUUUUUUUUUUAUGUUGACAAUUAUUAUAGAUUUCUGAAAAGAAUCAUGCUACCAGUAAUUGUUUUUCACAGUCUAAAGUUCCAUCCAGGCCAGGAGACACUGGCUGUAAAAAGAAUCUCUUUCUAUUUCUUUUUAAUGGGAAUGACUUAAGGGUAUUACCAUAGAUUACAUUGGAAAUUACUGCAUUACAAAUCUCUCCUUUCAAUUUCAUUAUUUUAAACAUUUGGCUUGUAGUAUCCCUUGGUAGCCAUUGUAAUGACUGACUGUAGUUUUAAUUAAUUCAGGUUCCCUCUUAAAUCUAAUAAGAAUUUAUUGGUUGAAAUUAUUUUUGUUAGUUUAAUGUAUCCAUUUUCUUUUUUAUUAAUUUCUUAAUUUUGGGUCCUCUUCAGCUUUUUAACUUUUUGUUUCAAGUGUCACUGUGUAGUCUUUUGUAGACAAAAAGGAAUCUGCCAACCAAUACAAAAAUAUAAGCCUGGUAAUUUUAAUGAUUUUUUUAUGGCCCAACUAAGAUAGUAGAGGGGCAUUAUGUUUUCUGGUGCAUCCAUUCCUCUGUCUGUCCCACUUCAGGUUGAAGUUUUUGGUCAAGGUAGUUUUUGACGAAGCUGAAGUCCAAUCAACUUGAAACACAUGUUGCUUAUGAUAUGAUCUUUCUAAUUUUAAGACCAAAUUAGACUUUUGACCCCAAUAUCAAGGUCCACUGAACAUAGAAAAUGAAAGUGCAAGUUUCAGGUUCUAGUUUUUAGUCAAGGUAGUUUUUGAUGAAACUGAAGUCCAAUCAACUUGAAACUAAGUACACAUAUUGCUUAUGACAUGAUCUUUCUAAUUUUAAUGCCAAAUUAGAUUACUGUGGAUUCAUUUAUUUUCGUGGGUAUCAAUUUUCGUGGAUAGAGAAAAAAGGUGUUUCGUGGUAUACGUAAAUUCGUGGAUCACUGAUUACAAAAAAAAACCCAUCAGAUACGUAAUUCGUGAAUUUCUUUAUGAUUAAGAAGAUUAUAUAACCUCCUUGGUUUGAUCAGUAAUAAAACAAACAAAACAGAAGGAAUCCAUUGAAAAAGUUUUGAAUUGUCAAAAUCCUCGCUUGGUCAUUUUAGGUUAAAGUGUUCAUUGAAUACUUCUAUUGCAAUAAUGGACAAAGACAACUAAUUAUUUGUUUGUUUUACAAUUUAUAAAUGCUUGUCGGAAUUCUAUAGGGCAGUCAAAACUUUAUGAUUGAAAGCUCAUUUCCCUAAUCACGAUAUAAUAAACAGUCUUAAAAAAAAAUGGUCCUGUCAUAUUACCUACGGGCAAUAUCCCCGUACUUAAUCCUAUUGAUGUGCAAUCACUAGUAAACCAAACUUUGACACGGUAGUUAACAACUUGCAGUUAUUUUCCAUGAACAGUUUUAAUCAGUUUUAAAAAGGAAAUUAUCACUGAUAUUCGAUAUAUUUAUUAUUGAUUUAAUUAAAAUACUUGUAUCUUUUUUCAAUAAAAAAAACACGUGCUAAGUUACAAUGUUCAUCGCUAUUCAACACUAUACUAGAACUGCAUAACACAACCGGAAAUAAUCAUCCGGCUCCAUACAUAUUUAUCGGGAUUAUACUUCGUUGAAUUCUUAAAUUCGUGGUUCGCUGUGACCCACGAAACCCACGAAAAUUGGUAUACCACGAAUAAAAAUGAAUCCACAGUACUUACCAAAUUUCACGGUCCAUUAAACAUGGAAAAUGAUAGUGCGAGUGUGGCAUCCAUGUACUUUGGACACAUUCUUGUUUAUUUCUCUUUUAAAGAUUACUGUAGUGUUUAGGUAAUUGAUUUUUUUCUGUUUAAUCAUUCUAUAUUUUUAUCAUUAUUUUACUGUUUAAAGAAUUAUGUUUAGCACAUUUUUAAGUUUGUUUUUCACACUACCACAGUACAAUUGUGUGGUUUCAAUCAUUAGCUCUCUUCAAAGCAUCUGUAAAUAAGUAUUUUUAAUAUCAUGAUUGUAAUGUAAUUUAUUAUAUAAACAUUGCAUCUAUUGAUGUAUUUAACAAUUCAACGAGCCCGAACUAUUGAAGGCAAAACCCAAAGACUUGUUUAUGGUUGUAGUUUUAAUUGUCCUGUUAGUACCAUACAAUAUAAUGACCAUCAGGUACAGCAGACAGAAGUUUUAAAAGCCAAAUUUAAAUUUGUAUAAAUACAUGCCAAAAAAUCAUUUUAAAUCCCUUAGUCCUUAGUAGGUUCUAUUCCCACACAUAUGCAAAACUUCUUAUGACAAGGGUCAAACUUACAAAUAACUGAAUGAUAUAAAUGCAUAUACAGAGUAACCUGCCUAAUCAAACACAUGAGUAUUCAAACAUCCUGCUUUAACCGACACAUUUGCAUGGUCCGAAAAUAUGCAUAUCCUUGCAGAAAAAACUUUAAUAUUCCCACACCCUGCUUUUUUUUCUGGUCUCCAAGUGUGUCAGAUAACUAAGUUUACACUGUAAUGUAAUUUAUUUUAUACCAGAUUGUCAGAACAUUUCACUUGGAAGAUUUGAUUAUUUUACAUAUUUCAUGCAAAAAAGUCAACACAAGAUUUUAAAGUAUUAUACUAUGUAGAAAUUUAAAAGUACAUAGUGUUGUUAUUUUUGAUUUAAUGCUUGCCUUUUAACUGCUAGUCGCAUGUUUAAGUGGUGAUGUCAAGAAAAGUGAUUCUUUUAAACAUAGAUCAUCAUAAUCUUAUAAUUUAGUUUGAUGUAUAUUUUUUUAUUGAUAGAUCAUUCAGUGAUUUUUAUAACAAUAAAUAAUCAUAACUU